AACAUCUGAGUAUGACAUAACCUCAUAAUUUCCUCUGCGGUGGCGUUUAUAUUCGUAACGAGUGUUCUUAAAUAAAAUAUACAUAUUUGCUAAAUAAUUAAAAUUAUUGUCAGAUAAAAACGCGAUGUAUUUAACUCGCAGAUUCCCGCGUAUAUACACAGGUGCAGCUCAAUAUCUGGUCACCAGCAGCACUCGUUUGUACAGUGGCGCGGCAGAGGAUAUUAUAGAAAUACCCAACCGCAUACAACGGUCUCCAACUGAUAUAUUAAAAGCACUGGCCAGCACGGUUGGACGUGAUCCAACAGCAGCGCAUUACAAAUAUCAUGAUGAUCCGUACCUGAUUCCAAUGUCCAAUGUGGGCAAGCGAACAUUUGCCAUGGCUCAAGAAGCUGGACGAAAGGCGGCCCGAUUUAUUAGAGAAGAGCAUCGUGAAGUGUUCCAACACCAAGAAGCUCAACCACCCAUCGAAGCAUUUGUACCCAAAAUGCUGUAUACAGAAGAAACUAAAGUAGAUGCCGAUACACUGCAUAAUCUAAUUCGCCACUCGCAAGUAACAGACGCUCUUGUGGUAUAUAAUCUGAUUAAGCAGAAGGGUGUUGAAAUCAGCAAUGAAACGAAACAGCAGCUUCUUGAACUUAUUUGCUUUUACAACAACGAAGAGCCGUUGCCGGAAGAAUUGAUUGAAGAACGUUGGUUUAAGGCUAACGCAGACGCACGUGAACGUAAUCGUAAAACUUGGAAAGACGGCGAACUAGCUGAACAGCUGUUUGGAGAAUUAGAACCAAAAACACCGCAAUCGUAUGCAGCGCUUAUAAGGGGAAUGGCUAAAUAUUUUCAAGCUGAGCGCGCGUAUGCACUUCUGCAAGAAGCAACUGAAAAGCAAUUUGAGUUAGACACACAAACUUUCAACGCAGUGAUCAGCGUAACGAACUUCCUAAAAGAAACGGCGGAUCAACGCUGGGAACUAUGCAGGGAAUUACUUCAGCAAAUGUCACAGCAACAGUUGAAACCAAAUUUGGGCACCUUAAAUGCGGCAUUAGAGGUUGUUAGCACUUUUGGAAACGUCAAGUUUGCUCGUAGCUCAGCACUAAAACUACUCGCGGAAUUCAAGCAACUAGGCGUUGAGCUUGGCUUGAGCACUUACUACUACCUAUUGAUCAUUUUCUGUCGAGAACGUGGACCAGUUUCACAUAUUAUAGUCGAUAUUUUAAAUGAGAUCAAGGGAAAAGAAUUCAAAAUUCAACACCCGCGAGACACGUAUUUCUUUACAACGGCAAUGGACGUUUGUCGCAAUCACUUGCAAGACAAGUCCCUUGCAAAGAAAGUCGAUGAACUACUACACACUGGUAAUAAUUAUGAUUUGAUUGGCGAUACAUAUAAAGAGGCGAUAUAUUAUCGUCAUUACUUUGCGCUACUCUGCCAAACAGAACCAAUCGACGAAUUCAUGAAAAUCUAUGACUUACUCGUCCCGCACGUUUACAUUCCAGAGCCCGGUAUUAUGGAAGAAAUAUUAAAAGCUAUUGAAAUACAUGGAGCCGUCGAACUAAUGCCCCGCUUCUGGUCCGAUAUGGUUAUAUUUGAUCACACAAACCGUGAAAGUCUCCUCACACGCACCUUACAAAUUUUAAUAGAUAAUCCUCCUAACAGAGAGCUGCCCGCACAUCAAUCUCUGCCCGAGCAAGUGGGUAAAAUCGCUUGGGAUAUUUAUCAUAAAAUUGCCGAUCCAGAGGGUCGCCGUCCAAAAGACUUACAAUUCACAGGCAAAAUGAUUGGAGACAUACUAGCGUUAUUAGUGCGUAGUGGCAAUUUUGAAAAAGCUAGCGAAGUGUUUACCCAUAUCGACAAAAACCAACAUCGUAUACCAGGGACACCAUCUGAGAAAUGCCUGCUGGCGUACAUAGAUGGAUGUAUAGAAAAUAAGGCACCUUCGCAGGCGCUGAUUUGUUUACAGUAUGCUGUGGAGAACAACAUGGACUUCCAGCCCAUGGUAGAAAGAAUCAAAACAGGAUUUACGCUGAAUGAAGUACAUUUAUCAAAGCUGAAGUCGCUAAUUGGAGAAAGUUUUGGUAGCAACAAUUAAUGAUGACAGUGUGCGGAAUAUUUUGUAUUUAAGUUAGGAGCAUAAUGAUUGAACAUCCCUACUGUGGCAUAAAGUAUACUUUUAAAAACAAGA